AGUUUCAUGUCAUUGCCAUAGUGACACUCGCAUGCACUUUGCUCGGCCAUCAUUGGAGCAUGCUGACGGGCCAGAGGAGAGACCUCCAGCUCGCUGUGGUUUGGUAAAGGCGGAAUGGGAGGCGCACUCUACAGUAUUGACAGCAUGCCUGACCUUCGCAAGAGGAAAGCCGUUCCUCUUGUCAGAGAUCUGAUUCAUCAGGCAAUGUCUCUCGUGCAGAACUCUCGUAAGGCAGGAAUCACCUCCGCCAUGGCCUCCACCACCCUCGGCAAUGAAGAGCUGAAAAGUCAUGUUUAUAAAAAGACUCUACAGGCUCUGAUCUACCCCAUCUCCUCCACUACGCCACACAACUUUGAGGUGUGGACCGCCACCACCCCCACCUACUGCUACGAAUGCGAGGGGCUGCUCUGGGGCAUCGCGCGACAAGGCAUGCGCUGCUCUGAGUGCGGCGUCAAAUGCCACGAUAAGUGCCAGGAUCUGCUCAACGCUGACUGUCUGCAGAGAGCGGCAGAAAAGAGCUCCAAACACGGGGCGGAGGACCGAACCCAGAACAUCAUCAUGGUCCUGAAGGACCGCAUGAAGAUCAGAGAGAGGAACAAACCAGAGAUCUUCGAGCUCAUCCUGGAAGUGUUCGCCCUCGACAAAACAACACACGGCGCGCAGAUGAAACAAAUCAAGCAGAGCGUGCUUGAUGGGACGUCCAAAUGGUCAGCGAAGAUCAGCAUCACGGUGGCAUGUGCUCAGGGCCUGCAGGCUAAAGACAAAACCGGCUCCAGUGACCCUUAUGUCACGGUUCAAGUGGGGAAGACCAAGAUUAGAACCAAGACCAUCUACGGAAACCUCAACCCCGUCUGGGAAGAAAACUUCCACUUUGAAUGCCACAACUCGUCAGACCGCAUCAAGGUUCGCGUGUGGGACGAGGAUGACGACAUCAAGUCUCGUGUAAAACAGAGGUUCAAACGUGAGAGCGAUGACUUCCUGGGCCAAACCAUCAUCGAAGUGCGGACUCUGAGCGGGGAGAUGGACGUUUGGUACAACCUGGACAAGAGAACGGAUAAGUCUGCCGUGUCAGGAGCCAUCCGGAUGCACAUAAGUGUGGAGAUCAAAGGAGAGGAGACGGUGUCCCCUUACCACGUCCAGUACACCUGUCUACACGAGCAUCUGUUCCAGUACACCACGGAGGAGCAGAAUGGCGGCGUGGUAAAGAUCCCUGACGCCAAAGGGGACGAUGCGUGGAAGGUGUAUUUUGAGGAGACGGCGCAGGAGAUCGUGGACGAGUUUGCCAUGAGAUACGGAGUAGAGUCCAUCUACCAGGCCAUGACCCACUUCGCCUGCUUGUCCUCCAAGUACAUGUGUCCCGGAGUGCCAGCAGUGAUGAGCACUCUGCUUGCCAACAUCAACGCUUACUACGCCCACACCACCCAGUCCUCCAACAAUGUUUCCGCCUCGGACAGAUUUGCUGCAUCAAACUUUGGCAAGGAGAGGUUUGUCAAACUCCUGGAUCAGCUGCACAACUCCCUGAGGAUCGACCUCUCCAUGUACCGGAAUAACUUCCCUGCCAGCAGUCCUGAAAGACUACAAGACCUCAAGUCUACAGUGGAUCUGUUGACCAGCAUCACAUUCUUCAGGAUGAAGGUCCAGGAGUUGCAGAGUCCACCCAGAGCGAGCCAGGUGGUGAAGGACUGUGUGAAAGCCUGUCUCAACUCCACCUAUGAGUACAUCUUCAACAACUGCCACGACCUUUACAACAGGGAAUAUCAGACGGACCCUUCGAAGGCAGUUCCUCCAGAUGAGCAGGGUCCCAGCACCAAAAAUCUGGACUUCUGGUCCAAACUCAUCACCCUCAUCGUCUCCAUCAUAGAAGAGGACAAAAACUCCUACACUCAUUGCCUUAAUCAGUUUCCCCAGGAACUGAACGUGGGCAAGAUCAGCGCCGAGGUCAUGUGGAAUAUGUUUGCACAAGAUAUGAAAUACGCCAUGGAGGAGCAUGAGAAGAACCGCCUGUGUAAAAGCGCAGAUUAUAUGAACUUGCACUUCAAGGUGAAAUGGCUCUACAAUGAGUACUGCAAAGAGCUGCACACUUUCCAGAAGCACGUACCUGAGUAUCCAGCCUGGUUUGAACCGUUUGUCGUCAUGUGGUUGGACGAGAACGAAGAAGUGUCAAGAGAUUUCCUGCAUGGAGCUCUGGAGAGGGACAAGAAAGACGGGUUCCAGGUCACAUCGGAGCACGCUUUGUUCUCCUGCUCGGUGGUGGACGUGUUCUCUCAGCUAAAUCAGAGUUUUGAAAUCAUUCGCAAGCUGGAGUGUCCCGACCCUCAGAUUGUUGGCAACUACAUGAAGAGAUUCGCCAAGACCAUUGGCAAUGUCCUGCUGUCUUAUGCUGACAUCAUCGAAAAGGACUUCCACAAUCAUGUCAAAAAGGAGAAAGUGCCGUGUAUCAUCAUCAAUAACAUCCAGCAGCUCAGAGUUCAGUUGGAGAAGAUGUUUGAGGCCAUGGGGGGCAAAGAUCUCAAUUUAGAAGCUAGUGACUUCCUCAAGGAGCUGCAGAACAAACUGAACAGCGUCAUGGACGACCUCAGCCGCAUCUUUGCUGUCAGUUUCCAGCCCCAGAUCGAGGACAACGUCAGGCAGAUGGGAGAUAUCCUCGCCCAGGUCAAAGGUCAGACGGUCCCGGCCAAUGGCAGCGUGGUUCAGGAUGCCGACAACGUCCUGCAGCCCAUCAUGGACUUCCUGGACAUCAACCUGUCGCUGUUCGCUAAGAUCUGCGAGAAGACCGUCCUGAAGAGAGUGCUGAAGGAGCUUUGGAAACUGGUGAUGAACACAAUGGAAAAAACAAUUGUGCUUCCAACUCUCACUGACACGACGGUCAUUGGCACUCAGAUGAUCUUUAACGCUGCUAAGGAGCUGGGACAGCUUUCCAAACUCAAGGAGCACAUGGGACGAGAGGAGGCCAAAGCUCUCAGUCCUAAACAGUGUGCAGUGAUAGAGCUGGCUCUGGACACUAUAAAGCAAUACUUCCACGCUGGUGGUGUGGGCCUGAAGAAGACGUUCUUGGAGAAGAGUCCAGACCUGCAGUCUCUGCGCUACGCCUUGUCUCUGUACACCCAGGCCACAGACAAGCUCAUCAGGAAGUUUGUCCUCUCGCAGAGCGCUCAGGUCCACGGAGGGAAAGGGCUCAGGUGCACGGCAAAUGAAGACACACCACCAGAGAAACCAUCUGGAGUGGAUGCUGUGGGUGAGGUCAUCAUGUGCGUGGACAUUUUACCCCAACCGAAUGGAGAGCACAAGAUCGGCAUCAAAGUGGUGGCUGCCAACGACCUGAAGUGGAAGGCUCAGGGCUUCAGGCCCUUCGUGGAGGUCUACAUCAUCGGCCCUCACCUCAGUGACAAGAAGAGGAAGUUUGCCACCAAGUCCAAAAACAACGCCUGGUCCCCCAAGUUCAUUGAGAGCUUUCAGUACGCGUUGGGCACGGAGGUGGGUCCGGAGAGCUACGAGCUGCAGGUGUGUGUGAAGGACUACUGCUUCGCCCGAGAGGACCGCACGGUGGGCAUGUCCGUGGUGCAGCUGAAGGACAUCGCCAGCAAGGGCAGCGUGACGCUCUGGAUGCCGCUGGGCCGCCGCGUCCACAUGGACGAGACGGGCCUCACCGUGCUGCGCAUCCUCUCUCAGCGCAACAACGACGAGGUGGCCAAGGAGUUCGUCAAGCUCAAGUCGGACCAGCGCUCAGCGGAGGAGGGUCGCAGCUGAGGGGGGGGGGAGAGCAAAGACAUGCGUGUGCGCAACAACCCAGAGACAUAGCAUUAUGCACACAUAUAGAAGUCACACCUGCAUAGAUAGACAACCAUGUGCAAUUCACAAGCACACACAUGCUCUAUUGUACAUAUAUCUGCAUACAUUAUGCAACAUUUACAUUGCAAUGUUAUCAAUGCAAAACAUGGAGGAAUAUGUUUAUAAUCAUUCAUAAUUAAUUUGUCCACUUCAGUUUAGCCUCACAUUAGAAAGCACUUGUCACUCAAUCUCUCCCAGAAUGCAUCACACCUUUUAUACGCUGUACAUUUAGAUGUGAUAUAAUGCAACGCAGAGCCACAACUGAACCUUGUUGAUAGUUCGAGGACGACCACUUUGCACUUUUGCUUCUCUUUGUCUUCAGAGAGCGGCUCUUGUCUAGCUCUGUUUGUCCGUCCGUCUGUCCGCUUGCCUGCCUGACUGUGUGUCGUUCUUCAAGUCUGUCAGUCUUUCUCCCCCCGCUCCCCCCCCCUUGUCGUUGUUUUGCUCUGCGUAAUUUUCCCACGGUGUGAUGUGUUGUGUAGGUCGGAGGUCAGGCACAGAUCUAAGAUCGGCACCCUUUUGCUCCAAAAUCAAAAAUAGAGAGAAAACACUGACCUUAGAUCAGCAUCCAGGGGGGCAACGUCACUUCUAGUCUGUCCUGUAAUGUCCUGCAUGUUGAACCCAGGAACACUGUGAUUCACGUUGCUGUAUCCCCCCCAAUACAAUAUUUUACCUGUGAGCAUGGUGCAUACAUAUAUAUCCCUGGUAAUAAGGUUUUAUAACCCAACUAACCGUGAUGAUCGUGGAGAAACUGAUGAUGUGUAGAGAUGAAGGUUGUGGCCACAAAGUUUAUAUAUACAAAAAAAAUCUUUCUUCACAUCAUGAUAAACAGAGCAAUACCCCAGUGUCGAACACAUCCACACCCCUAGAGUGCACAUUUACUCCAAAAAGGGCUACAGGAUGAUCAGCGGACGGGGGGUCACUUUACGCACUAUACAUCCUUUCAAAGAUUCAGUUGAUAAAAAGACCAGGAGGCUUCCCCACGUGCCCACCCGUCUACAUAAACAAUACCACUCUCUGCGAUUGUCUUUCAUGAAUGACACUGAGGAGAAGCCCAGAGGACGCCAUGCUGAAGGACACGGCUCCCGAUCGCCUGCACACCAAACUCAUCUCUUUAAGGCAAUAGUGGUUUGUUCCUAUGUUCUUGUUACGAAGAGCAAACCCCCUGUUUCUUUUGUUAUCGUUUGUGUGCAUGUGUGUGAAGGUGUGUGUGUGUGCGAGUGUGUGGGGGUAAAUGGGCUCUGAGAUUGUGAGCAAUAUAUUGUAUAGACACCCAUAAUGUAUGUGCUGUCAGUAUAAAUACAGGAGCACCAACUGCAAUAUCCAGAUCCAAGGAAUGGAAAACUUAUGAUUCUUCUUUAUUCUAUCUACCUUUAUUCAUGGAAUCAUAAAAUUCCCAUUCCCGGUGGAAGUGUGUAAGAUAUUUGUCACUUUUUAAAUAAGAGGGAACGUGUUUUGUCCUUGAAUUCCUAUUUGCCUUUAGGAACAAAGUUGCACGAACCAGAGCUCAUGUAUUUUUUGGGUAUUUUUUCAAAGAAAGAAGCCAUCGGAGUCACCGCCAAGCAUCUAUGUUGUGUUGGUUUCAGUCUUGUCAUGUGCAUCAAUAAAUCUGUUACCUUUAACUGCAUAAAGGUGAGCAACACUCA